AUGUUCGCCAAAUACCCCAUCAUUCUUCUCGCGUGCGUUGCGAGUGUCCUUGCCGCACCCGCCACUGAGGCUGGUCAGGUUGCCAGCGAUCAGACGCCAGCUGGUGUGGACAACGUUCUAGACCAGCGCAACGCGGCCAACGGCUGCAGGGACAACGGCGACCAUUGCAAGUUCAACUUCGAAUGUUGCUCUCGCCACUGUGGGUACACUGCUGGCUUCAAAUGCAACUAA